CACUGCUUCCUAUUGUCAGCCACCACAGCACAGGAACAGGCAACCACAUCCAACUGGAACCAUGCAGUCUGCCGAAGCCAAAUUCAACAAAAACAGCCUGCUCUUGGCUUUGAAACGAUACAGCUCAGCUGUUAGCGACAUGGAGCAAACCAUUCUCCUGCCGAGCCUGCUGCGAGAUGUGCCCUCUGAUGAGAUGUGGGAAUGUGAAGCAGCAGAGGAGUCCUGCAGAGACCUGUACAGCAACUAUCUGAUGCUCAAAGCCAUAAGAAACACAGUGGAGAGCAGCAUGGGUCUUCUGGAUGCCCACAAGGUCAAGAACAACACAGCGCUCAACAAGACCCUGGAGCCUCUCUUGGACACAAACCCUGAAGCUCUCUUCUGCUUCCAUAUGAGGGGACUGUUUUCUGUGAUGAGUGACCUCACCAAGAAGACUCAGAGCCUCACUGAGAAAUAUAUGGACAUUAUCGGAGUGGCAAAUUAAAAGCAUAUUAGGUAUAUGGACAUAAAGCAAAAUAUCUGGUGUUUGAAAAAGAGCUGUGUAUGUAGGAAAGUCACCUGAACAUCCUAAAUGGCUCCACUCUUUACAUUCAUUGACUUCUAACUUUUUGGAUUUGGAAUAAACAUGAAUUGUCAGUACUGAUCAAUGACAAUGUCUUAAUUUGCUUACUGUAAUAGUCCUUUGGGAACUAUGGUUUAAGGAUAUGGCAAAGGUUAAUUGAUUAAACAGUCAUGAAACAACAGAGCAGCAGCAAUCUCGGCUUGAUUUAUGCCCAAACACACAGACUCAUCAUGCUUCUUGUUUUGACCAAAAAGUAAAAUUUCAGUCAGAAAAAGUUUGACUUUGGGUAAUUUUUUAUUUACAUGACUAUAUUUGACACAAUAAAUGACAAAGAUUUCACAAAAGACCACUCAAGACAGAUGGUACUCUGUAGGUAUU